AUGGGUAGAGGGAGAGGAAAAGGGAAAAAACAAUCUCCCGUUGCUCGUGAAGAUAGUGCAAGCUUUGAGGAUGAGAAGUUGCCCAUGAAGAGAAGGGGAAGGCCACUGAAAGCAACGAAAGGCGAACUCGAGGAUGAUGAUGAAUUUGAAAAGAUGGGAGGAGAAGAAGAAGUAGGAUACAAAAAUGGUGAAGACGGAAAAGGCUCGGAAGCUGGUAAAAACGGCAAAAACGGUGUCACCAUAGAGAAUGGCAAGAAGAGGAAAAGACCUCUACAAGAAGAUGAUCAAGAUUUAGUCUUAAAAGAGGAAAAUGAAUUGGGAACCAAAACUAAUGGGAGUGCCUUGAUUAAAAACGUCGGCUUUAGACAAAAUGGAAGUCGAAGGAAAAGCAAACCUAGGCGUGCUGCUGAGGUUGGCGUCGAGUGCAAAUGA